CUUCCUCCUCUGACCCGCACUGGAUCUCAGGUGAGUCCAAGCUAUUCAUCUUCUAGUCCAGACUCCUGAUGUCAGACCAACAUUUCUGUUGAUGUUAAAGAUGCAAUAGUUGCAUGUCUCAUAAGUCAAGGAAUCGCCCAGCAAAGUUCAGCUGGGGCCCCCUCACAAUCCAGGCUGUUUCCUCACACAGUUUUGGGUGUCAGUUCUCCUCAGCGGUGGGAAGAGAGCCAAGCGGCCGAGCCAGAUGUUGAGUGUGUCCACAGCAGAUCUGCUCUCCAUUAUGAUGUGAUCAGUGUUUCCAGGCGGCCAAAGAUGAAGCAGCUGUAGAGGUCAGGCCAGGAUGGAGUUGCCGCAUAACCUCCGCUCCUCCGCUCCGUUCAGCCUGCUCCUCUUCUGCGUGUGGGUCGGGGGACAGACGCUCCAGGUGAGAGCCUCCCACCAGCACUUGCACCCCCACUCUAUCAAGAUCCAGGGGGACAUCACCCUCGGGGGCCUGUUCCCCAUCCAUGCCCGCGGCCCUCAUGGGCUGCCCUGCGGUGAGCUGAAGAAGGAGAAGGGCAUCCAUCGGUUGGAGGCCAUGUUGUAUGCGCUGGACCAGAUCAACCGGGACCCGUACCUGCUGCCCAACAUCACGCUGGGGGCCCGGAUACUGGACACGUGUUCCAGGGACACCUAUGCCCUGGAGCAGUCGCUCACCUUUGUCCAGGCUCUGAUCCAGAAAGACACUUCUGACAUCCGCUGCUCCAACGGGGAACCGCCGCUGAUCCGCAAACCAGAGCGUGUGGUGGGCGUGGUCGGGGCGUCCGCGAGUUCCGUGUCCAUCAUGGUCGCCAACAUCCUCAGACUGUUUGAGAUCCCUCAGGUCAGCUACGCCUCCACGGCGCCAGAGCUGAGUGACAACAACCGCUACGACUUCUUCUCCAGGGUGGUCCCCCCGGACUCCUACCAGGCUCAGGCCAUGCUGGACAUCGUCAUGGCGAUGGGCUGGAACUACGUGUCCACCCUGGCGUCAGAGGGGAACUACGGCGAGAGCGGCGUGGACGCCUUCGUGCAGGUGUCCAGGGAGGCAGGCGUGUGCAUCGCUCAGAGCGUCAAGAUCCCGCGGGAAGCCACCGUGGAGGAAUUUGACAAGAUCGUGAAACGACUGCUGGAGACGAGCAACGCCCGCGGCGUCAUCAUGUUCGCCAACGAGGACGACAUCAGGCGGGUGCUGGAGGCAGCGAAGCGGGCCAACUUGACCGGCCACUUCCUGUUUGUAGGGUCGGACAGUUGGGGCGCCAAAAGUUCCCCCAUCACCGAGCUGGAGGACGUGGCCGAGGGUGCGGUCACCAUCCUGCCCAAGCGAGCGUCCAUAGAUGGCUUCGACCAGUACUUCCUUUCUCGCUCCCUGGAGAACAACCGCAGGAACAUCUGGUUCGCCGAGUUCUGGGAGGACGACUUCCGCUGCAAACUGACUCGCCCCGGAAUCAAACCCGACCCCAGCAAGAAGAAGUGCACAGGCGCCGAGAGGAUCGGUCUGGAUUCCACCUACGAGCAGGAGGGGAAGGUCCAGUUUGUGAUCGAUGCCGUGUACGCUGUGGCUCACGCGCUCCACAACAUGCACCUGGACCUGUGUCCCGGCAGCACCGGGGUCUGCAGCAGCAUGGACCCGGUGGAGGGCCGCCUGCUGCUGGCGUACAUUCGGGCGGUGCACUUCAACGGAAGUGCCGGCACCAGCGUCUUGUUCAACGAAAACGGUGACGCUCCCGGCCGCUACGACAUCUUCCAGUUCCAGCUGACCAAUCACAGUCACCCGGGCUAUCAUGUGAUCGGCCAGUGGACCAAUAACCUGCGACUGAACCUGGAGGAGAUGCAGUGGUCCGGUGGCGAGCGGUCCGUGCCGGAGUCAGUCUGCAGUUUCCCAUGUCGACCCGGAGAACGGAAGAAGAUGGUGAAGGGCGUCCCCUGCUGCUGGCACUGCGAGCUGUGCGAUGGGUACCAGUACCAGCUGGAUGAGUUCACCUGCGAGAUGUGCCCCACGGACAUGAGACCGGUUCCCAACAGGACCGCCUGUCGCCCCACGCCCAUCAUCAAGCUGGAGUGGAACUCCCCCUGGGCCCUGGUUCCGGUCUCGCUGGCCACGCUGGGCAUCAUUGCGACCAGCAUCAUCAUGUUCACCUUCAUCCGCUUCAACGACACGCCCAUCGUCCGUGCAUCAGGCCGGGAGCUCAGCUACGUCCUGCUGACAGGGAUUUUCCUGGUCUACCUCAUCACCUUCCUGAUGAUCGCGGAGCCGAGUGUGCUAGUGUGUGCGCUGCGGCGCCUCCUGCUGGGCCUCGGCAUGGCCAUCACCUACUCAGCCAUGUUGACCAAAACCAACCGGAUCUACCGGAUCUUCGAGCAGGGCAAGAGAUCUGUGACCCCGCCCAAAUUCAUAAGCCCCUCCUCCCAGCUGGCCAUCACCUUCAUCCUGAUCUCAGUCCAGGUGAGGAGCCUCUGGGUCCUGGCUCCUUGGGUUUGGGCGGUCACAUGUGUGUGUGUGUGUCAGGUCCUGGGGGUGUGCGUGUGGUUCGGUGUCAUGCCGCCCCACACCAACAUCGACUACGAGGAGCUCCGCCCACCCAACCCUGACCACGCCCGUGGAAUCCUCAAGUGUGACAUGUCAGACCUGUCCAUCAUCGGCUGCCUGAGCUACAGCAUCGUCCUGAUGGUCACCUGCACCGUGUACGCUGUGAAGAGCCGCGGCGUCCCAGAGACAUUCAACGAAGCCAAGCCCAUCGGCUUCACCAUGUACACCACCUGCAUCGUCUGGCUCGCCUUCGUGCCCAUCUUCUUCGGGACCGCUCAGUCCACCGAAAAGCUCUUCAUCCAGACGGCCACGUUGACCGUGUCCAUGUCUCUGAGUGCGUCCGUGUCCCUCGGGAUGCUCUACGUGCCCAAGGUCUACGUCAUCGUCUUCCACCCCGAGCAGAACGUCCAGAAGAGGAGGCGGAGCUUCAAGGGGGUUGCUGACCAAUCACUGUGCAGAACCAGAGGACAGACGCAAACACCAACCAGCCAAAACAUUAUGACCACCAGCCAAAUGAAGGUCCGGCAAAACGCAUGUGGCCAUCACGGCCCGUUGUCGGUUUAAACGUUCGGGUCGAUGCAGUUCAGAUUCGGAUGCUGCUCUUCAAAGAUGUUUUAUAAACCAAGCCAGCGAGUGGAGAAGCCAACCACAGCAUGCUUACUCAGAAGAGCAGCUGAGCCAGCGACUGCAUGCUUGUCUGUGUGGAGGAAAGUGGAGUAGCCGGAGGAGACCACCGGAGGCGCCACAGAAGACGGGCGCUGUUCCACUCUUGCUUUUACCCACGUCAGUUUUCCAUCAUCUUCUCAUCUCAUUCCUCCCAGACGUGUACUGACCCUUCAGGGAUCGUAUUUACAAAUCAUUUAUUUGGUUUCAUUCUGUUUAU